GUCAUAAUUGUCAUUGUUGUGUCAUGUGGUUUUCAUUUAAAGUGAAGUUCUCAAUUUUAAAAGGUAAUUAUGAGAAAUCAUUCAAUAAAAGUGCCCAGAUUGUAUAAAGUAUCUGCUCAAGUAGCUAAAGAAGUAAGCGAAGGAAUAGGAAGUAUUAAAAAUAUCGUUUACGAAAAACAGAAAAAACAUCCCAAUAUAAAAGCUAUAUACGCCCUAGUAACCACCCUCUUUCAAAAAUCUGAAGAAAUCGAAAUUUUAUUAAAGCGAUCCCAAUUAUUAAUUAAAGAAAUUAAAUUUGAUCCAUGGUUGGCAAAAAUUUUGAUAGUGGAACUUUUAUGGGGUAAAAAACACCUUCCAGGGCAAAGUAGACCCGAGAAUACAAUCCGAGCUUACGAACAAAUAUUUAAAGCGCAUUUAAGCGAUUCCGGGAGUAAAGAAAACGAUUUUAAAGAUAAGACAAAACCGAGGUACGUACGUGUUAAUACGUUAAAAUGCAGUUUAAACGAAGCAAUAGAAGGAUUUCGAGACGAAGGAUGGAUUUUAAGUCAAUAUUUAGAUAAAUCUAACUACGAGGGUUAUUUAGAAAAAAUUAAAUCUCUAAAUAACGACGAAUUCGUUAUAGAUAUACACGUAUCUAAUUUAUUAGUAUUUCCAUCCGGCACUGAAUUCUACAAACAUCCCGCUUAUAAAAAUGGUACAAUUAUCCUUCAAGAUAAAGCGAGUUGUUUACCCGUUCAAAUUUUAAAUCCGGUUCCUGGUAGUACCGUUCUGGAUAUGUGCGCGGCUCCUGGGAUGAAAACGACGCAUCUGGCGGCGGUUAUUAACGAUAAAGGGGCGGUAUACGCUACAGAGAUGAAUCAAAAACGAUUCGAAGUUUUAAAAACCAUCGUGUCCAGUUGCGGCGCCACCUGCGUUAAAACUAUCAAUAAGGACGUUUUGAGUUGUACCAAGGAGGAUUUUAAUGGCGUCGAAUAUAUUUUGGUGGAUCCCAGUUGUUCGGGAACAGGUAUGUGCGAUCGUACUGAGAAAACGGAAAUUUGUCCUUCUCGUUUGGCGAGGUUGUCGGGCUUCCAAAUAAAAAUUCUCAGACACGCUCUGACGAAAUUUCCGGAUGUCAAAAGGGCGGUGUAUUCCACUUGUUCUUUGUUACCGGAAGAAAACGAAGAAGUCGUCCGGCAGGUUUUGGAAACGAAUUACAAUUUCAAAUUGGUGCCGGUCGGCGGAUUAAUCGGGGAAAAUUGGAAAAAUUUCGGUUCCGACGAUUACGGAGAUUUGGGAAGGUUCUGUAUGUACGCGAAGCCCGAGGACGAUUGCACCAACGGAUUCUUCGUGGCGGUCUUCGAGAGGCUCGCCGAAGGCGAAGAAAAUCCGUUUUUCAAUACGAGGAUUUUCAAUUUCAAAAAACACGUCGAAGCCAACGAUAAAUGGAAAAUGAAGAAACAGAAGAAGAUGGAAAGGGAAAUUGACAACGAAAAUGGAAUAAUGGGAAAAAAAGAAGAAGAUGAAGAACGUUUUUUGGAUAAGAAACAGAACAAGAAGAAGAGAAAUUACGGAAAAAGUCCAGAAGACGCGAAUGUUGAAAAAGAAGAAGAAAAUUUGUACGCGAACGAAGCGAAACGUGGAAAAAAUAAGAAGAAAACUCCAAACGUGGCUGUAGAAGAUCGACAAGACCUAAAUAAUGUUUUAGAAUAUGAAGAAGAGAAAAACGUCGCCUGUCAUUCAGAUUUAUUCGAAAACACAAGAAAAAAGAAGAAGAAAACUCCAAACGUGGCUGUAGACGCUCAACCAGACCUAAAUAAUGAUUUAGAAAAAGAAGAAGGAAAAAAUAUCGUCGAUUCUUCAGAUUUAUCUAAAAAAAGAAAAAAAACGAAGAAGAAAACUCCAAACGUGACUGUAGACGAUCAACAAGACCUAAAUAAUGAUUUAGAAAAAGGAGAAGAUGAAAACGUUGCCGGAUCUUCCGGUUUGUCAGUGAAACGAAAAAAAAAAGAAGAACGAGAAAAAAGAAUUAAAUGAGGAAGGGAGCGAGAGAAAGAAGAAGAGGAAUGAAGAGAGUAGAGGGCUCGAGGAGGAGGUAGUCGUAGGUGGAAAGAAAAAAAAUAUUAACAGAAUAAAUGUAUAAUUAUUU